AUGAAUCGGUAUAUAACACUUAAUCAAUUAGGUGAUGGCACCUAUGGUACGGUUGUCCUUGGGCAACGAAAGGACACUGGUGAAAAAGUUGCAAUUAAAAGAAUGAAAAGAAAAUAUUAUUCAUGGGAGGAAGCAAUGAAUUUAAGAGAAGUUAAAUCCUUGAAGAAACUUUCACACGCUAAUGUUGUCAAAUUAAAAGAAGUAAUACGUGAGAAUGAUACCUUGUAUUUUGUAUUUGAAUAUAUGAAAGAAAAUUUAUAUCAAUUAAUUAAGGAUCGAGAAACACAUUUUCCAGAGAGUUCAAUUAAAAAUAUAUUAUAUCAGGUACUUAAUGGUUUAGCAUUUAUGCAUCGUCAUGGUUUUUUUCAUCGUGAUUUAAAACCAGAAAAUUUAUUAUGUUCUGGUCCAGAAUUAGUUAAAAUAGCUGAUUUUGGUUUAGCUAGAGAAAUAAGAUCAAGGCCACCAUUUACGGAUUAUGUUUCAACAAGAUGGUAUCGUGCACCGGAAGUUCUUUUACAUUCAACUCGUUAUGGUAGUGCUAUUGAUUUAUGGGCAAUUGGUUGUAUUAUGGCUGAAUUAUAUACAUUUAGACCAUUAUUUCCAGGCAGUAGUGAAGUAGAUCAACUAUUUAAAAUAUGUUCUGUUUUAGGAACACCUGAAAAGGAUGAUUGGCCUGAUGGUUAUAAAUUAGCAUUAGCAAUACAUUUUCGUUUCCCAGAAUGUAUUAAAGUACCAUUAAAUACAAUCAUAACAAGAUCUGGUAAUGCUGGUUUACAAUUACUUGAAGAAUUAUUACAUUAUGAUCCAGAAAAAAGGCCAACAGCCCAACAAUCAUUAAGAUAUCCAUAUUUUCAAGCAAUAAGUGCAAGACCAUCAGCAACAACAAAACGUAUGCAAUAUUUAACAAGUGUAACACAGAUUCUUCCACAGCCAACAACAAAUGUUAUUCAACAACAACCACAACAACAAUUACAACAAAUUCAACAUCAACAUCAUCAUCAGCAUCAUUCAAUACAUGAAUCAAUACAAAAUGUUUCAGCAACAUUAAAUAAUAUUAAAAAUGCUAAUGUAUCAUUUAAUAAUGAUUCAAUAAAUCGUAAUAAUCGUAGCUUUUCAAUAUAUGAUCCAAAUGAAUUAUCAAUUAUUUUAGGGACAAAAAUUAAAUCAUCAACAAAAUCACGUAAAAAUUCAAAAUCUAAUAUUCAUUUGGAAGAUAUUUUUGGAACGUUAUCAACAGGUACAAUUGAACAAAAUAUAGGAUUAAAUGGCACAAAAUAUCCAAAUGACAGUGAUAAUAUGAAUGGUAGCUUUUCAACAAGCGGAAAUGUAUUAGGAUCACGUCAAAGAAAUUUAAAUGAUUCAGCUUAUAUUUCAAAUCGUGGUGUUACAAAUAUGUCAGAUUACAAAAAUCCAAAAUUAUUUCCAUGGGAAGAAAAUGGUGGUGGUGGUGGCGGCGGUGGUGGUAGUAAUAAUAAAGACCAAGAAGAAAAAUUAACAGCAUGGAUGGUUCCUGAUAACAAUUCAAUAAUCGAUAAAAGAAAUUAUAUUACAAAUAAUAAUGGUAGAAUUGAUUGGGCAGCAAAGUACCUGAACAAAUAA